AUGACCGUCGACCCCAACCCAAAAUCAUUCACCGUCGCCCUCCAACCCCCGCCGGGAUGGAACCUCACCCUCCCCACCCCGUCCAACCCAUUCCCACCAACAAACCCCCCAACCUUCAACGACGCGAUGACCAUCCGCCUCAAAGUCUUCGUCGACGGACAGCACGUCUCCGCCUUAACCGAGAUCGACGACGACGACCCCCGCAGCUGGCAAUGGGUGAUAUAUGACAGUAGCAGCUCAGUCAAAAGCCCCGUAGCAGUCAUCCGGCUCGUCCCGCCGCCGCAUGCACCGCAUGAGCUCGUCACAAACCCCGGUGCUGAUGCGUCACUGUCAAAGUACGAUACUGCGCAUGAGGCGUAUAUCAAGUUGACGAGGGUGGCGGUUUUGAGGGAGUACCGAGGUCUUGGGCUCGGGCGGAGACUGGUUGAUGAGGCGUUGGGGUGGGCGAGGGGCCAUGUGGAGGAGAUCGAGGAGGCGUGUCGACGGGUGGUGGGGAGGGAGUUGAGGUGGAAGGGGUUGGUGCUGGUUCACGCGCAGGUGCAGGGGGAGAAGAUGUAUGAGCGGUUUGGGUUUGUGACAGAUGAGAAGAUGGGGAGGUGGGAUGAGGAGGGGAUUGAGCAUGUAGGGAUGUGGAAGAGGAUUGACCUAGAGCCUCGUUCAUAG